AUCGAUUGACUCUAUCAUACGAUACCCAGUGUUGACACUGAAAGCUAUUGUUAAGACAUUUCACUCUAAUUAUCAUUAAAUUGGUCUCAAUUGGGAUCAAAUCGACGAAAUCGAGUGAAGAGUGACAGACACGAAGAUAUUGAUUGGCCAUCGAAGACAUGUCUGUAGCGAAUGCACGGCUCAAACAGGGAGUACUCAGUGGACAGAGGAUGUGGUGGUGGCGGUCAUGGAUAUGUAGGUCCGGUGGCCAUCGAUUGGUGUCCUCUUCAGCCAACUUCCAGUUAAAACCAUUCAAAUUACACAAACUCGAGGACUCGCCCGACACGGAGGUGACGCUCCAGAGGGACGAUGCGCUCAAGUAUUACCGCCAAAUGGUGACCAUCCGGCGCAUGGAGGCGGCCGCCAAUGCCCUCUACAAAGACAAGUCUGUGCGGGGCUUCUGUCACCUGUACUCCGGUCAGGAGGCGGUGGCCGUCGGUCUCGAGAACUCGAUUCGUAAAACAGAUGCAGUGAUCACCGCAUAUCGGGCUCACGGCUGGAGUUGGAUUCGUGGCGUGUCUUUGACGGGCGUAUUGUCUGAGUUGACGGGCAGACGAUCGGGUUGUGCGCGAGGGAAAGGCGGGUCAAUGCAUAUGUAUAACGAGAACUUUUUCGGUGGUAAUGGUAUAGUGGGAGCACAGGUGCCAUUAGGUGCCGGCAUUGCAUUGGCCCAGAAGUAUAAGGGAACCGAUGCGGUGACUCUGGCGCUCUAUGGCGAUGGCGCUGCAAAUCAGGGACAGGUGUUUGAAGCGUAUAAUAUGUCUAAACUUUGGUCAUUGCCGGUGAUAUUCGUCUGUGAAAACAAUGGCUACGGUAUGGGAACGUCGGCUGAGAGGGCAGCCGCCAGUACUGAGUAUUAUAGUCGCGGCGAUUAUAUCCCUGGGCUGUGGGUCGACGGUAUGGAUGUGUUGGCCACCCGAGAGGGCACACGUUUUCUGGUAGAUCUGUGUCGCAAAGGAAAGGGACCGUUCGUUAUGGAAGUGGCGACCUAUCGAUACCACGGCCACAGUAUGUCAGACCCGGGAACCAGUUAUAGGACUCGCGAAGAGAUACAAGAAGUGCGUCAAACACGAGAUCCAAUCACUUCAUUCAAAGACAAAAUAAUUACCACUGAUUUGGUGACCAUCGAAGAGCUUAAAACCAUUGAUAACGAGAUUAAGAAAGCAGUGGACGAUGCGGUCACUAUAGCCCGUUCCGACCCAGAGAUAGGUCUCGAGGAACUGUAUGGCGACGUCUACGCCAAUCCAUUAGAAGAGACCAUUCGUGGCAUAACUCCGUUCACUGAACACAAACACAUUAAAGUCAAUAAACCGCAUAAUAUUCAGUUAUAAUAGGAUUUAACUUAUAGUUUAGUUUUGAAAAUCAUUUUUCAACUAAAUCUAACGAAUUUCAAAAAUCAAUUGACAGUAAUAUAGGAAUCAGUGACAUAAUAUAUGUUCAAAUUAUUAUUAUUACGGUAUUACCCGUAUAUCGGUACUACAAAA